AUGAUGAAAGCUUUCAAUAAGCCAAAAGACAUCCCGUCGCAGGUGCCGCCGCUCACGCCCGGCACCAACAAGAAGAUGGCCGAGGCGCUGAAGGCUACCUUCGCUUCUUGGGAGAAGGAGCAGUUGCGCCUCGGCGUACCAAAAGAUCCUCGACAAUGGAGCGAAGCCGCAGUUACGGCAUGGCUACGUUGGGCUGCUCGGGAGUUCUCCUUGGAAGGCGUAGCACUACAACAGUUCGCACGUGCACAAGGAAAGGAUAUCUGUGCAAUGGGGCGGGAGGAGUUCGUCGCACGCGCACCCGCUUUUAUGGGCGAUAUACUGUGGGAGCACCUGGAAAUUCUACAAAAAGAUGUCGAAAAAGAACGAUCUCUCCUUGCAAACGUGCCACCGAACAUGUAUGAGAGCAAUGUGUGCUUACCAGAGCUCUCGGACUACAUACCGCCCCCCGCGCACCACUAUAACAACAACAAUAAUACCGGCGGCUAUACAACAGGGGGUCCCAGAGAGACAAACACAUACUACACAGAGGCGAGUGGAGGUGCUCCGGCGCCUCCAGCGCCCGCACCGGCCGCAGCGUCACCUCUUGAUGAGUACUACCAGGCAGAGUACCCGCCGCCUGCACCCUCCCAGCCCUACCUCGACGACUACUACCAUCACGCGCAUGCGCACACGCAGCCCCUGCUUACGCACGAACAUAAGUACCAACCUCACGCGUACAGCAAGCCUUAUCCUAGAACAGCCGGCGGCAGGUACGGCGCGGGCGGCGAGGUGUACGGCGAAGGGUACGCGACGGAGUACGGCGGCUGCGCCGAGUGGGGCGAGUGGCCGAGCGAGCAGCACGCGCUGCUGCCGCAGGACAAACUGCCCUACCCCGCCUCCGGACCCUGCUUUACUGGCUCAGGACCCAUCCAGCUGUGGCAGUUCCUGCUCGAGUUGCUCACCGACAAGAGUUGUCAAGGUUUCAUCUCGUGGACCGGUGAUGGCUGGGAGUUCAAGCUUACAGACCCUGAUGAGGUGGCCCGACGUUGGGGCAUACGCAAGAAUAAGCCCAAGAUGAACUACGAGAAGCUCUCGCGCGGCCUGCGCUACUACUACGACAAGAACAUCAUCCACAAGACCGCCGGCAAGCGCUACGUGUACCGCUUCGUGUGCGACCUGCAGAGUUUGCUCGGUAUUUCACCGGAGCAGCUGCACGCAAUGUAUGAACCCAAAAUGGAGAAGAAAGACGACGAC